UCCAAAUAUGUCAUAAAAAAUUCAAUUAUAUUUCAAUUACCCCCUAGGUAUUACACUGAAAAGAACAUUUUGUUCCUGCUGCCCUUGGCUCCAAAAGAAACAGAAUAAUGAGACUUCUUGGCAUUUUCUGUGCAUAAAAUGGUCCUGAAGCUGCCUGAGUCCUUGGCCAUUGUGAGCGGCUACGUGCAGCCGUACCGUGCCAUGCAGCUGCUCCUGCACUGGGGCUUGUCUUUGAAACCUGGCUCUGAGCACACCGUUGACCACAAGCACUUUGCUGGGGAGGUUGGGCCAAGGAAGAACCCAUAUUACCAGCAGAUACUCGAGCACCUGCACAGCAUCCAAGGAGAAGGUAAUGCCCUGCUGGCACUGCAGAGGAAGGCUGUAGCAACUGUUGGCUCUGUGCACAGGGAAAGCUUGCACAGCAGCAGUUCACCGCUGCUCCAUUUCUUCUCCCAGAUUGAUGAUCUUCAGCAGUGAUCAUGAUGAGGGGAUAGUGGCCACCCUCAGCAAGUUUGCUGAUGAUACAAAGUUGG